AUGCCAAAUGAGCUUUCCUUCACGGAGCCACAAGCAUGGAAGGACAUAUAUGGCCACCGCCAAGGGCACCCCCAAUUCCAUAAAGACCCUAUCCACGUCGGAUCCGUGCAGGACAUACCGGGAUCUACAACAUUGACCAUGGCUGAUGAUGCAAACCAUACCCGCCAAAGGCGAGCGCUCUCGCACGCCUUUAGCCAGAAGGCAUUACUGGAGCAAGAGAGCAUCAUCCGCGGCUAUGUAAACCUCUUCGUUGAUAGGCUGAGACCGUUCUCUGACAGCCACACGGCAAUCAAUAUUUGCGACUGGUUCAACUUCACAACGUUCGAUAUCAUAGGUGACAUGGCUUUCGGCGAACCGUUCGGGUGUCUCAAAGACGGUGUCUUCCAUUCAUGGGUAUCCCUCAUCACACAGACCAUCAAGGCUGGGGCGUACGAGCAGGCUACGAGGCGAAUGUUCAAGACCGGAAGUCUUCUGCAGAAGGUGCUUGUUAAUCUCAUUCCAAGUGAUCUCAGAGAGAAAAGGUUCCGCCACUUGGAGCUGAGCAGAGAAAAGUGCCUCAAGCGAAUUGACGAGGGCCUCCGGAGAGAGCACCGAGAUUUUCUAUAUUACAUUCUCCGCCAGAACGAAAAGGGCGGAGUCAGCCAGGACGAGAUCAUCCUCAACAGCGCCCUGUUCAUAGUUGCUGGUUCCGAGACCACAGCUUCUCUUCUCUCGGGCCUAACGAUGUGGCUUAUGCGCACCCCACACGCGUAUAAGAGACUCACGGAAGAGAUACGAUCCAGUUUUGCAUCUGCCGAAGACAUGAAGUUCCUGGAUCUUCAGGAACUUCCCUACAUGAAUGCGUGUAUUGACGAGGCGUUGCGCAUCUUUCCACCUGUGCCGACGGGUCUCACGCGUACUGUGCCGGAGCACGGCGACACCGUUGCCAACCAGUUCCUUCCUGGCGGAACUACGGUAUCUGUAUACAGCUGGGCAGCGACUCACUCGCCCUACAACUUCUCCCGCCCCAAUGACUUCGUUCCGGAGAGAUGGAUAGAGUCUGCUUUUGCUAGUGAGAACAAGGAAUCCAGUCAGCCAUUUUCUCUCGGCCCACGAGGAUGCAUAGGCAGACAUCUGAGCUACCUGGAGCUCAGGCUGAUACUCGCGAAUUUGCUGUGGCACUACGAUAUCCAGCUAUAG